AUGUCGAGCACAGCAUCAAGCAGUGCACCUUCCUCUGAUGGCGUCAUUCGCUCUCGAAUUGCUGAGGCUUUGAACAUCGCGGGCUAUCACUUCACCGAUGCAGCACACGUCCCAACCACCGAUCACUACGAUAAUGUCACCCUUGUCAAUGGCUAUCGCGUAUCGGAUAAGCGAGCAGUGGUUGCCAAGGUAUCCAACAACAGCCUGCAGAUUGAACGCGAGUAUUAUAUCAUAAGACAACUCUAUCAAACAGCUGAUGGUCCUUUGUAUCUUGUGCGUCCCUUGGAGUAUGCUUAUUUGUCGUCAAGCGGACUUGCAGUUGCCAUUUAUGCCGACGCCCAUGGCGACCGAUCAUCCAAUCGCACCAUUGACGACAUUGGCACCUUCCUACGAUUAGCAAUACGGUGCACAGACAUUAUGGAAUUCAUCCAUCGCCACAACACUAUCCAUGGUCAACUUAAUAUGGGAGCUUUUUGUUGGAACAGCAAUGACACUUCGGAUACUACACGCUUAUGGAACUUUGCAGCUGGCAGCAACGCAUCUUUUGAAAAGUACCUUACGAGUGAAGGAUGGAAGAAGUACCAGAACAGCCAAGCCAUCAUGGAGAAUCGACUCAUGUACAUCAGCCCUGAGCAAACAGGCCGCACCACCUACGUUGCUGAUCACCGUUCCGAUAUCUAUUCCUUGGGUGUCAUAUUCUUUGUAUUGCUGACAGGGCAAAUGCCUUUUGAUGGAGGACCCUUGAAGAUUGUCAACAGCAUUUUGAGUCGUAAAAUGCCGGCUGUGCAUGAUAUCCAAUUGAAUGUCCCUGAAGUGAUAUCAAGGAUCAUUGAGAAGAUGACGUCCAAGACGCCAGAGGAGCGAUACAUGAGCAUGCACGGUGUCAAAUGCGACAUGGAGGAAUGUUUCCACCGAUUGAAGUCAAGUGAUUCUAGGACGAUUGACUUGUUUCCACUGGCACAACGUGACAUUGCAUCUGUGUUUAUGAUACCACGGAAUGUCUAUGGUCGUCAAGCUAUCAUUUCGGAGAUGGUGUAUAUCAUUGAGCGAUUCGUGAAUCAAUACAAGCCUUUGAAGAUCCCCAGCAACAAACAAGGAGCUACUCUCGCGGCAUCCAGCAACAGCGAUCCCGAUUCUUCAGAGCAAAAAUCAGCGUCAAGUCCUGCUUCAUUCCAUGGUCAUGAUAGCAGCGAUAUAUCCAGUGUUAGUAGCAAGCUUAUAUCAGUCAAUGGAAAGCACGCAGCUACUGUGGUUGGAAUUUAUGGACCUGGAGGCAUUGGAAAAUCAACAUUGUUCAACUCAGUGCAGCCUUUGGCAAGAAAGAGUGGCUAUAUCACAUCUACCAAGUUUGAUUCAAGGAACAAGGUCCCCUACAGUGGUUUGUUACGUUUGAUGUCGCAGGCACUACAGCAAAUCUUAUCCGAGACCGAGGAAGAAGUUCAUCGAUUUUUCAAUCACUUGAAAGCAUGGCUUGGUGCUCAGUUCCCCAACAUUUCAAUAUUGGCGGAUUUGAUUCCAGAGCUCAAAUCAUUGUUGGCUGCUGGUGGACAUAAGGAUGAAUGUACGACUACCGAGAUAUCGGUGAACACCGAUAAUGCUGAAGCUCGUGUACGUUUCCACAACCUUUACGUUGAAGUUUUUCGUGCCGUGUCACAUUGGCGUAUGGUGACUAUUUUUAUUGACGAUAUCCAUCAAGCGGAUGAUCCUUCAAUCGAUUUAUUGCUAGCGUUGCUUUUAUCAAGGAUCAACAUCCUCGUGUUUAUGUCAUAUCGUGAUCAGGAGCUGAAUCAAAAGCAAUCUGGGAUAUUGGAGAAUGAGUUCGCCAACAUUCAAUUUAUCGAGGUCGGCACAUUGAAGCUUGACGCAUUGACCGAUUUUGUUUGUGACACACUACAUCGAUCACGAGAUACCGAGCGCGACUAUGUCACUCCACUUGCAUUGGCGAUACAAAGGAAAACCAACGGCAACGCAUUCUUUGCGGCACAAUUACUUCAAAUGCUGGAACGUAAAAAGAUCAUUUACUUCAACUGGGAGUUCAAUGUUUGGGAAUACGACCUUGCAAGUAUUGAACAAGGCACCUUCUUGGAGACAAUGGAAGAGGAUGUUUCAUUCAUGAUCAAUCGGCUGAAAGAACUACCGCGUCAUGGUCAGCAGCUGCUUAAGUUGGCAUCAUUUGUCGGCGACACUUUCUCAUGGUCAACAGUGAAGACGUUAAUGGAGGAGACAAUGUCAUUUGAUGAUGAGAGGACUUUAUUAUCAGCCGAAUCAAUGGCCAGCACAAGCGUAUCCAGCAGAAAGAGUACAUCGACCGAAGGCACCUUUUCUCCUGAUACAAGAGCCCACCAAAAGACCUAUGAUCCAAUCAGUGCACUACAUGCCGUGAUCCAGGAAGGAUACGUUAUGCAACUUGGUGCUGACGAAUUCAAAUGGAGCCAUGAUCGUAUUACACACGCUGCCGGUGAGCUUGUCAAGCCUAAUAUGAGGUGCAAGAUCCAUUUCAUUAUUGCGCAGCACAUGAUGAAAGAGGAGGAGAUGGAUGUAUUUCUGGUUGCGGAUCAUCUUUUGAAAUGCCUUGAUUUAUUAUUAUCGUUGGAGGACAAUUCAUCCUUUCGAGAGCUCUUUAUUGACGCCGGCGAUAAAGGACGGCAAUCUGGUGCCCACGACAUGGCGCUCAGCUAUUACAAGGCAGCAAUCCAACUCUCUGAUCCGGAGAAGGAAUGGGAUGAUGACAAUUAUCCUGUUACUUUGCAGCUCUAUACGAAUACGAUGGGACUUAGUUUAUUGUUGGGCGACUAUGAAGUGACUGAGAAAUCGACUGAGAUCCUUUCCAUGCGUGCCAAAACACCUUUGGAUCGCAAGGCCAUGUAUUUCUUCAAGUCACGUUAUUAUCUAUCGCAACAAAAGCCGUUUGAAGGACGUGAUGUGCUACUUACUUGCUUGGAGGAUCUUGGCGAUGAAAAAUUCACGUUGGAGAAUGCUGAGGAAUCAAUGAAAGAAGAACUUGAUAAGCUUGAGAAAGCAAUCGAGAAUAUGGAUGUUGAAGAGAUUGCGAACAUUGGAUUAUCGGACGAUCCUUACGUACAUGCAACUGUUGAGAUCAUGGCAGAAAUAUCACAUUUGCUGUAUUGGACUGGGCAGAAACAAGCACUUUGUGCAUGCACAGGCCGUGCAUUGAAUAUGUGUCUCCAACGUGGUAUGGUUCCAGCUGUUAGCGGUGCUUGUGCGAUGUUGACGAUGGGCUACAUUGAUGUGCACAAGAAUCAUGCAGCGGCCAAUAAAAUGGGCGAACUCGGUGUCGCCAUUGCUGAUCGACAUGGCAGGAAUUCAGAAAAGGGUCCGGCCUACAUUACCUAUGCAUCAAUGGUACAUCAAUUCCUACAUCAUUGGGCGAAAGGACUACCCAUCAUCGAAGCGGGAAUACAAUGUGCAUAUGCAGGAGGAGAUCGUUAUUAUACAAACUACGGCAAACUUUGCUACAGUUACACACAUUUUGCUGUGGCACAUCAUUUGAGAGACGCAUUGCCUAUCGCAGAAGACGCCUAUGACGAAGUAUACAAGUGGUCUACCGCUACGCAUCAGAACCUAAUGGGCCUGUCGAUUGUGCGAACAAUCAAAGCAUUGCAAGGGCGAACGUAUUGGGACACUGAUAACGUGUUCGAUGGCGAUGAUGGAUUCAAUGACGAGCAUUUCCUCACUGAAAACUCCAAGGAAGCCCCGAUUUCUGUUCUCGCACUUAACUGGUAUCAGUCCUAUAAGAUGAUCCCUUUAACAUUGUACGGGCGAUACGAGGCAGCCAUUGAAAUUGGAGAAUAUUGUUUUCGCACCAUGGCUUAUCUUCCAUGCAUAAGGCAUACAAGGGUGACCCUCUUUUACCAUUCAAUUGCUCUGAUUGGACAUGCACGUGAGAACAGCGAAGCGAUGGAGAAAUGUCUGAAGCAAGUGGGUCAGAAUCAGAAUCUCCUAUAUGAAUGGGUGGAGCUGGUGCGUGUCAACUAUGUUACGCUAUGGACAUUGGUGGAAGCAGAGCUUGCAGGUCUUCAAGGGGACAAUGUUAUGAAAGCCAUUUUAUUGUAUGAAGAAGCUAUCAAUCAUGCUCGUGAAGGAGAAUGGUAUCUGGAGCUGAGUAUUGCGCAUGAAUUGGCUGGUGCAUUCUAUUACCGCCAAGGGGUUCACAACGUUGCAUAUAGCAUGAUUAAGAAGGCGGUGGAUCUUUAUACGGCAUAUGGUGCUCUUGGCAAGUCACUUCAUCUUAAUGGAAAAUACGCUGAUCUACUCAGCUCAUUCAACGAUGAUCGAAUCGAGAGCCGUGAUAAGAGUGCACAAACGGAUCCAUUCCCAUUGAUGGCAGCUCCCCGCCACCAACGUGCUCGACAAUCAUGGAGCAGCUCUUCACGUGACGGCGAUGAUAACAGCCCAAUAGCCGAUGAACUUUAUAGUUCGGAAUCGAUACCACCUAUCACAACAGAGCAAACAUUGGUGACAUUGGAUAUUAUCGACAUGGCAUCCAUCCUCAAGAGCUCCCAGGUGCUUUCAUCCGAAGUCAAGUUUGAAGCGUUGUUGAAGAACAUGAUGGAGAUCAUCCUUGAAAACUCUGGUGCUGAUCGAGGUGCUAUCAUCGUCAAGGAAAACAAGUUUGGAAUUGGUGCUUAUGGCAACCCACAAGAAGAAGAUACGAUUGUCACAUAUGAAGAACCAGAACGUAUUUCAAAGAACAGCGUCAUGGUAUCGAGCCAAAUCAUCAAUCACACAAUCCACACCUCCGAGAGCAUUUUCAUUCCUGAUGUUGAGCAAGAUGCACGAUUUGCAGUGGGACCAUGGUUCGAGCGUGCUGGCAAGAAAUCAGUAAUCUGCAUGCCGAUCAUACACAAGAUGACAAUUGUUGGCUGCAUCUUUCUUGAAGGAGCUAUUGGGAUCUUUACGCAACGUCACAUCACCGUGCUUGGAUUACUAUGUCAGCAAAUGGGUAUUUCAUUGACCAAUGCGGCCUUGUUCAAAUCCGUGCGACGUGUAACAAUGGCCAACAUGAAGAUGAUUGAAAUGCAAAAGCAAGCAUUGGAGGAAGCACGGCGCAGCAAGGAAGCGGCUGAUAAGGCGACUCGAUUGCGAGAGAUCUUUUUGGCCAACAUGAGCCAUGAGAUUCGAACACCAUUUUCGGGAUUCUAUGGCAUGAUCACAUUGCUGUCAGAGACAAAGUUGGAUCCUGCACAAUACGACUUGGUGCGAACGGCUAAAUCAUCAUGUGAAGGAUUAUUGCAGAUCAUCGACGACCUACUCAACUUUUCCAAGCUACAAGCCGGCAAAGUAUCUCUUGAUUUGGCACCAGUGCACGUGGAAGAGCUUAUUGCCGAUGUGAUUGAUAUGCUGAUUGCCAUCGCCAUUCAAAAACGCAUCAACGUUACAUACUCGGUUGCGGAGGAUGUACCAGCCGUUGUAAUGGCGGAUGCCAACCGGCUUAGACAGGUUAUCAUCAAUUUGAUUGGGAAUGCUGUCAAGUUUACGCACCAUGGCGAAAUCAGGAUCCGAUGUUCCAUUGAUAGACGCAAAAAGAAAUCAGUGGACAAGGGAUCACAGGUUCCAUUGCUAUUUGAAGUGAUUGAUACAGGCAUUGGCAUCAGCGAGGAGCAACGCAAGGUGUUGUUUAUGCCAUUCUCACAAGUGGAUGGUAGCACUACCCGCAAGUAUGGUGGUACCGGCCUUGGACUUUCCAUUUCCCUUCAAUUGGUCACUUUGAUGAAUGGAGAUAUCGAUGUUGUGAGCGAGACAGGAAAAGGAUCCAAUUUUCGCUUUUCAAUCGAAGUUUCACCGGUGCUUGAUCAAUCUCGAAGAUUCACUGAAGCAAUGCAAGCAAUAUCCAAGAGCUUUAUCAAAACACGAGUCCUUGUUGCCGAUACACAUCACGCCACAGUAGAUAUGAUGACCAACUUCCUUCCCAACCUACCAUUUGAUGCAGUAACCGAUUAUGCAGAGUUGCAACAAGAGACACCUUAUGGAGUUGUCAUUGUGGGAUUACUUCUCGAUCACAAAGAAGGAACGCUAAGCUGCUGGGAAAAGGAACUUCAAAAGGUUAUGAAGCGUGCCAAGGUAACGGUUAUCAUGCAUUAUCCCUUGGGAGGCAGCAAUGUUCAAGGUAACAUCGGAGGUGUUGGACCGAUUCUUGAAGCAGCAUCCUCUUCAAUGGAGCAAGAGCAGCAACGUCAACAACAACAACAGCCAUUCCACAUAUCGUUCUAUGGUUAUCUUGACGAGCAACAAAACAUUGUGCGUAUGGGAGUUCCGUUGCGACGCAACAAGCUUUUGAGGAUGCUGGCAGGAUUUCUUAAGGAAGACGAACCAGGAACACCGGCACCCAAGACGAGGCCAAACAUCUUUGCACGUAUCGGUAGCAGUGAGAUCAAGCUUGCCAUUGAGACGAUACCAGAGGAACAUCGUAAAGCAUUCAAAAAGACAAACAUCCUGGUUGCAGAAGAUAACCCUGUUGCACAAAAGCUGCUAUGCAAGCAAUUGAAGCGAUAUGGCUUUAAUAUCACGUGCGCUAACAAUGGAGCUGAAGCGAUUGCUGCAUGGACCAAGCGACCGGUUGGAUACUUUAAGAUGGCUCUGUUUGAUCAUCACAUGCCCAAAUGCGAUGGUGUGGAGGCGACCAAGACCAUUAGGAGAAAUGAAAAGGAGCAAAAUAGCAAGAAGCGAUUACCGAUUGUGGCACUCACAGCAGACAUACAAGAUAGUGCAAGAGCAAUUUGCGUGAAUGCUGGGAUGGAUGGGUAUCUGACCAAACCUUUAAAUGAGUUUGCUCUACUUGAGUUUGUUAAACAAUAUUGUAUCGAUCGAUAA